UCUCGUGGACGAAGCUUCAAGCUGCCCUCCUCUUCGUGCUCCUCCUUGGACCCCCUAGGCCCCUAGCAACAAAAGCACCGCAUCACGGAAGGAACUCAUCAGCAACCACCUCCUAUAUAUAUAAAUGCACGCUGCCAGAGCAGCCUACCACACUCAAAGACGCAGCAAGACACAGCAGUACAAGUGCAAGAUCAUCAUCGGGGAAAAAAACUAGCAGCAGACCAGGCGCCAGAGAGCACAAAUUAAACGCAGUCAUCUCAGGAGGUGAUCGGCUGAGGAGAAGGUCGUGCAGCGCGGUCGAUCGAUCAUCAUGGUGUUGGGACUGGGAGGAUGCUGCGGUGGUGUCGCCGUCGCCGCGGUGUCGCCUGCUGCCGACCGGAAGCAAUCGGAGUCAGGAGGUGGAGCAGGUUACCCAGAAGCUAAGCAGCAGCGGGUGGCCGGAGAGGAGGCCGCCGCCGCCGCAGCCGCAGCAGCAGCAGGAGGCAAUAAGGAGAGGAAGAGGAGGGAUCGUGAGAAGGCUCCCGUAGUUGUGAUGCAUCAGUUCCCCUUCCACUCGCGCCCCGGCUUGCUCUGAAAUUCAUUGGUUGAUUUCCUCUUCUGUUGGUGUUUCUUCUGUGUUUUUUUUUUUAAAACUUUGGACAUACGAGCCAGGUGUGGUCUUUAGUUCUUUGAUCUUGUGUGUCAUCCGUCCAGAGAGAUACAUAUAUACAAAUUCAAUUUCCCUCAAAA